GUAUUAGUAAAAAUGAAAAUAAUAAAUAUUCUUUAAACCGUGGGCGAAGCCGCGGUCAGUAGUAGGUACAAUAAUAUUUCAAGUUACAUAAUUUUAUACUUUUUAUACGCAUUUAAAUUUGUCUCGGACAUUAAUGUUACACACCCAUUUAUAUUAUGGGUAAUAAAGAUAAUUAAUCACAGUAUGAAAAUCCUAAUGUAAUUUUAGUUAGUUACUUUAAUCUUUACACAAGUGAACAUGAGGUGUAAAAUAAUAUUUUCAUUUAUUGUACCCACAUUAUUAUUCAUUGUAAAUGCGUUUCAUAAGAAACAGGAAAGAACUUUCAUCAUGAUAAAACCGGACGGAGUUCAACGCGGUCUCAUCGGAUCAAUCAUAAAAAGAUUUGAAGACAAAGGCUUCAAACUUAUCGCAAUGAAAUUCAUUUAUCCAAAAAAACAACACCUUCUGGAUCACUACAUAAAACUAAUAGACAAGCCAUUCUUUAAAGAACUCAUCAAAUACAUGUCUUCAGGACCUAUAGUGCCAAUGGUAUGGGAAGGUAAAGGUAUAGUCGAAAAAUGUCGUGCCAUGAUCGGUGCAACAGAUCCCGGCGAUGCUGCACCAGGCACAGUAAGAGGAGAUCUAUCUGUUGAUGUAGCCAGGAAUGUGAUUCAUGGAUCCGAUAGCGUUGAAGCUGCUCAAAAAGAAGUACAGCUGUGGUUUCCUGACGAAGAAUUCGUUAAAUGGACUCCGGAGAAUGUAUAUUGGAUUUAUGAUGUAAAUAAGGAAAUACAGUAAUUAAAAGUUGUAGCCUAAACUGGACAAUGACGGUUUACUGUUAAGGAAGCAACUGUUAAAACGUCAGGGAGAUCUUGUGGCAUUUGACGGUUGACAAAAUCCAUAUUCAUGCUCUAAACCGUUGAGUAAAUCCGUCGUUGGGAGCCUAUCCUGGGUGCACUAUCAGAUCAACUAUGUUUGUCAACUAUGUCGGACAACUGGAAAUAGGAGUACUGCUAACUGUUGUCCUACAGAGUUGACAUUUAACCUGGGGCUAAUCAAAUCUUGCAUGUUAGAUUUUGAGAAAUCUAACUUGCAAGAUUUGAUUACAGACAGACAAGCAAUCAUAAGGAAAGGUGAAAAUAAAAAAAAGUUUGUAACCGAGAUUAUGGCCGAAUUAAGAUUGGCUAGCGGAUACUUUGUUCAAAUCCUUCUUGUACAUAGUUACAUAACUAAGUAUGAUUGUUGUUAAUGUCAUAUUUCUACAUAACAAUUAUUUUUA